AUGCCACCACUAUGUAAAAAAGGAAAGGGUAAAGCACUUAUAGUUUCAGAAUUUUUAACUGAGACCCAUGGUCAUCUUACAAUUACACCUGCAAAAAUAAAUGAAUUAAACCUGUCGCCAACAUUCCCACAAGAAGCUUGUAUUAUUGUUAAACCUGGAAAAAAUGAUGAUGGCUGGUGGAAUGCUUCUGACAUGCUUAUGCAAGUAUCCAAUAAAGCAAUUCCUAUUUUUGCCCAAACUUCAAGAUUACAUGAUGGCUGGUUUAUUAAUGAACAAGGUGAACAAGUUACUCAGCCAAUGAUUUUUCCCAAUGAUCUUCCUCUUGACGAUGAUAAUUAUAUAUUUCGUGAUCAGCCAAAGGGUAUUCAACAAGUACUUUGUGAGCAUAAGCUAUGGCCUAAUAGUGGUCUUAGAUUAAAAUGUAAUAAGAACUAUUGUGAUCCAAGUGUACUUAAUUGUUGUGCACAUCAUCUUUUGUCUGCAUAG